GUACCCAAACACGGCCUGUGAGCUGCUGACCUCGGACGUGCCCCAGAUCAGUGACCGGCUGGGGGGAGACGAGGCCCUGUGGGACGUCCUCUACGGCUUCUUGGACCAGGAGCCUCCCUUGAACCCCUUGCUGGCCAGUUUCUUCAGCAAGACCAUCGGCAGCCUCAUCGCUAGGAAAGCGGAGCAGUGGCUGAACGACGCAAAGCUUGUCCAGAGGCUGCUGGAGCUGAUCCGCCCUCACCAGGAUGAAGAUAGACAAUCCAAUGCUUCUCAAACCUUGUGUGAUAUCAUCAGGCUGAGCAGAGAUCAGACCAACCAGCUGCAGGAGGUGGCUGACCUGGACCCUCUGCUGGCAUCCCUCGAGUCGCAGGAGUGCGUGGAGCAGCUUCUGAAGAACAUGUUUGAUGAGGGAUUGACGGAGACCUGCCUUGUGAACGGGACCCAGGUUUUGCUGACGCUGCUGGAGCCGAGGAGAGCUGGCUUGGAGUCACUUUCUGACUCCUUCUCCCAGGGGUUUGAAAAGUUCCACCCUGUCAGUAGCAGCAUCUUGCAGGGCAUCGAGCCACGCCUGAAGGACUUCCACCAGCUGCUGCUUCAGCCCCCCAAGGUGGCUCCUAUCCUGACGACCAUCGGGAUCCUGGAGGAGCCCCUCGGCAAUGCUCGUCUUCAUGGCGCCCGCUUGGUUGCCGCCCUGCUUCACACCAACACGCCCAGCGUUAAUCAGGAGCUGUGCCGGCUUAACACUAUGGACCUGCUGCUGGACCUGUUUUUCAAAUACACGUGGAAUAACUUCCUGCAUUUCCAAGUGGAGCUGUGUAUCACGGCCAUCCUGAUGCACGCCGUGCCCGGAACCAAGCUGCUCACGGAAAACGAGGAGGAGGAGGAGGAGGAGGAGGAGGAGGAGGAGGGAAACGUCCCCUGGGAAAAUGCGGAAGCGCCAGAGCCCCUCCUACUGACUCACCCCGAAGUCUUAAUUCAUCGCUGCUCUGUAGGCCGUCUCCCUGAAGAUUGCAGAGGCCGCUGGGAGAGCUUCGUGGAGGAGACUCUGGUGGAAGCCAACCGAAGGAACACGGUGGAUUUGGUGACGGCUCACCACCUGCACUCCUCCAGCGAAGACGAGGAGGCCAAGGCCGCCUUCCCCAGCGAAGUCUCUCUCCAGCAGGCAUUCUCCGAGUACCAGGUUCAGCAGAUGACGGCCAUUUUCAUGGAUCAGUUCGGCUUUAACGACGAAGAGUUUGCUGAUCAGGACGACAACAUCAACACCCCUUUUGACCGGAUCGCAGAGAUAAACUUCAGCACUGAUGUAGAGGAUGACAGCGCCAGCGCAUCCCUCUUUGAAACCUGCUGCAGCGAACACAUCCAGCAAUUCGAUGACAGUGAGGAGGAGGAGGAGGAGGAGGAGGAGGAGGAGGAGGAUAUUUGGGAGGAGAACGACACAAACUACGCCGCCCAAGCCAAGUCACGGUCGCGCUUUGGAGGACUUCGUUCCGUGGAAGGUUCAAGCAAAGGUAGCCUAGAAAACGGGGAACACGAUGACGGCUGCAUGGACUCUGGGGAAGAGGAGGCCGAGAAGGAGACGGCUGCCCAUUCCGAGGACCCCUGGAAGGCAGAAAACCCGGCCACAGAUCCCUCCUCUGAAGGGUCUGGGUGGAGAACGGCCGCUGAGCCCGUGAAGUCCAAGCCUCCGGCCGCUUGGGUGGCCACAGACGUCGGCUCCAGCAUGUGGGAUUCCGUAGUGCCCGGCACAAAGGCUCCCGAAGAGCGGGGCUGGGCCAGGUUCCCGGACUUCCAACCCUUCUGCUGCUCUGAAGCGGCUCCCAGGUGCACCUCCCCUGUGGACAAGGAGAGCCAGGAUUGCGAGGGAAGGGCCAGGCAGAGCCAGGAAGAGAACUCCAGCGCUGCCCCCCCCUGCGCCUGGGACGUCCGCCUGGCACGGAAGGCCCCCUUGGUCGCCUCAGACAGCGGGGAAGAGGGAGAGGCGGCCAGUGUGGUCACAGAAACCCUCCUGCCCACCGUGGACGCUAAGGGCGAAAAGGCCCUCUUCACCAGGUGCGGAAGCGAUCGGCAGGGGACCGGGUACGAGUGGCCAAGGAUGCCCUCCGGGGGCCUGGGCAGUGGCACAGAGAAGCCAGGGAGGGCGGGGGUAGGCAGGCCCUCCAGAGCAGGAGGAGGAGGAGGGGAGGGUGCCUUCUGGGUGCUCACCUGGGGGCAGAGGCGUCCUUACAGGCAAAGCCUCCUUUUGCCAGAGGGCAGGUGGGGGGGGGAGGUCGCCCAGCAGCCUCAAUGCUGCUCAAAAGUCAUUUGUGACCCUGGAAGGAAACUCCAUUUCUUCCCCUGACCUUU